CUAGUCUUCAUGCAAAUAUACAUCUUUAAAUAUCAGUGCUCAGAAGGACUGCACCACUUCAGAUUCAUGUGUUCAGCAGAGUUAGACUCUCCCAUAGAAUAAAGGUAUAUUUGGCUUCACCAUGGGAACUCUUAUUGAUUCAAAUAAUAAAUUUGCUGUGGAUCUUUUAAAAAUAUUGAUGAAAGACAAUCAUGAAGGAAACAUCUUCUGUUCCCCACUGAGCAUCUCAGCAGCUCUGAGCAUGACCCUUAUGGGUGCCAGAGGGAACACUGCUGAACAGAUGGAAAAGGUCCUUCACUUCACUGAAAUCACUGGAUCUGGAUGCUCUAAAGACAUUCCUGUUACCGGGGCACAAUGUGACAAACCUGGAGGACCCCACGAACAGUUCAAGGCACUCUUGUCUGCCAUCAAUAAACCUACCAAAGAUUAUGCUCUGAGUAUUGCCAACAGGCUGUAUGGAUCAAACAAUUAUGAGUUCUUGCAGCAAUACUUACAUUGCACAAAGGAGCUGUACCAUGCUGAAUUGGAAAGUGUUGACUUCAGGAAUGCAACAGAAGAAGUUCAAAAGAAGAUUAAUUCUUGGGUUGAAAGCCAAACAGAGGGUAAAAUCAAGGAUCUCUUUCCUAGUGGGACUAUUUCCUCAGAUGCUGCCUUGAUCUUAGUGAAUGCAAUAUACUUCAAAGGAAAAUGGAAGGUGAUGUUUGAUAAAAAGAAAACAUAUGAAGAAUUUUUUGGGACUAGCAAGAAUCAAAAGAAAAAAGUGCAAAUGAUGUUCCAAGAGGAUGAAUUUAAUAUGGCUGAAAUAAAUGAUCCACUUUUGAAAAUCCUUGAACUUCCUUAUCAGGGUACACUAAAUAUGUUCAUUCUUCUACCAGCUUGCAAAGAAUCUUUAGACCAGCUUGAAAGAGAACUCACAUAUGCGAAGAUGAAAGAAUGGAUGAGUUCAGCCAAAAUAAAGACACAAAAAAUGAGAGUUCUCAUACCAAAGUUCAAGCUGGAAGAAAAAUAUGAACUCAAACCAAUUUUAAAAGCCAUGGGAAUGACUGAUGUGUUUCUACAAGGAAAGGCUGACUUAUCAGGAAUGUCAAAAAACCAGAACCGUGAUCUGGUUGUGUCCAAGGUCACUCAUAAAGCUUAUGUUGAUGUCAAUGAAGAGGGUACAGAAGCAGCUGCUGGUACUGGUGUAGAAGUUGUUCCAAAGCAUGCAGUAAUUCUUCCAGAGUUUAAAGCUGACCGUCCCUUCAUUUUCUUAAUAGAAGACAGUGAAACUGAGAGCAUCAUGUUCAUUGGCAGAUGUUCCUCACCAUGAUGCUCAUCAGAUACAAAAAUCACAACAAGCAACUGUAUCUUGGUGGUGGGCUAAGCAUGUCAACAGUUCUGGAAGAAAUAAAUACUCCAAAUUUAACAUACAUUUUGAUUAAUAAAGUAAAACUUAAAGAAUCACAAAA